UCCACUAUCCCCCACGUCUCAUGCAUUAUUAACGUUCUUUGAGUAAAAUGGGUCACUUUUCAUGCUUCGUUGUUCUAGCUCUCUCAUUUCUCACUCCCUCCUCGGCAGUUCAUCAACACUCUAAUCUGGUUGUACAAGAUAUAGACAGAGGCAUGAAUGGGUCAAGAAGAAACUUGGGUUACUUUUCAUGUGGAACUGGUAAUCCCAUUGACGACUGCUGGCGUUGUGAUCCAAACUGGGAAAACAACCGUCAAAGACUCGCAGAUUGCGCCAUCGGGUUCGGCAAGGACGCAAACGGAGGAAGAAACGGCCAAAUCUAUGUAGUAACGGACUCCGGCGACGACGACCCUGUGAACCCAAAACCAGGAACACUAAGACACGCAGUUAUUCAAGACGAGCCACUAUGGAUCAUUUUCAAGAGAGACAUGGUGAUCAAUCUGAAACAAGAGCUUGUUAUGAAUUCCUUCAAGACUAUUGACGGAAGAGGUGCUAGUGUUCACAUUGCCAAUGGUGGAUGCAUCACCAUACAUCAUGUGAGUAACAUCAUCAUUCAUGGUAUUCACAUCCAUGAUUGUGUGCCAACUGGGCAUGGGUACAUAAGAGACUCUCCAAGCCAUUAUGGGUGGUGGACGGUGUCGGACGGCGACGGAGUUUCCAUCUUUGGUUCGAAACAUGUGUGGAUUGAUCAUUGCUCGCUGUCUAACUGCCAUGAUGGUCUCAUUGAUGCCAUCCAUGGAUCGACGGCUAUUACCAUAUCCAACAAUUACAUGACGCAUCAUAACAAGGUGAUGCUGCUGGGUCAUAGUGACGAGUACACUCAAGACAAGGACAUGCAGGUCACAAUAGCCUAUAAUCAUUUUGGAGAAGGCCUCGUUCAAAGGAUGCCAAGGUGCAGACAUGGGUAUUUUCACGUGGUUAAUAAUGCCUAUACUCACUGGGAAAUGUACGCUAUUGGCGGGAGUGCUAACCCAACCAUUAUAAGCCAAGGGAACAGGUUUCUGGCACCGGAUAACAGGUUCAGCAAGGAGGUGACGAAGCACGAGAUUGCGGCACAGAAGGAAUGGAAGAACUGGAACUGGAGAUCUGAGGGGGACAUGUUCUUGAAUGGAGCAUUCUUCCGAGAAUCUGGUGAAGGUGCUCUUUAUACCUAUGCUAGGGCAUUGAGUCUCAGUGCAAGGCCAUCUUCUUUGGUUGAAUCAAUGACCACCACUGCUGGUGCACUCAACUGUAAGAAGGGUAACCGUUGCUGAUUAAUCCCUAAAUGGUUGCUUGUUACUUUUGUUGCAAAAUCGAACAUGCUGGGCAAAAAUAGUGCGAACAAAAACUUAUCCAACAAUGGGCAUGCAAUUGCAUUUUAUAAGUUUAGUAUUA